ACUGUUUUAAUUUUUGCUUUGCUGCAAACACUAUUAACACAUGCGGUUCAUGUUAUGAUAAGUUCUUCUGAAUGUAAAUGAUCGAUUAAUCAGCAUGCUAAAAGCUAGCAAACUCUAGCUUAUAACACUUAUGUGACAUAGAAACAAAAAUAAUAUCGGAAUAAUAACUGAGCAUACUCAUCUAAGAUCUGAUCAUGGGAAACACCAGCGAUCGAGUGUCUGCUGAUAGACAUGGAGCCAAGACGCAUCGCUCAGACAGCGGAGGUCAUAAAGACCUGGAGCCCGGCAAAAUGAUGGACAGCACGGACGACCCCAAUAUUUUCAACACACGUGGACCAGAAUCUAAAGCGGCGAGUGAGAAGGACUUCGCUCCAGAUCUAGAGGACAUGGUGAAGACGAGUCCACAGGCUCGACCCACGGUGAUCCGCUGGGCCGGAGGAGGCAAGGAGGUCUGCAUCACCGGCUCCUUCAACAACUGGAGCAGCAAGAUCCCCAUGAAUAAAAGCCAUAAUGAUUUUGUAGCAAUCUUGGACCUGCCCGAGGGUGAACAUCAGUACAAAUUCUUUGUUGAUGGCCAGUGGCUUCAUGACCCCUCUGAGCCGGUUGUCACCAGUCAGAUGGGCACCAUUAACAAUCUGAUCCAUGUGAAGAAAUCAGAUUUUGAGGUGUUUGAUGCACUGCAGGUGGACUCUCUGGAGUGCUCUGAUACAUCAGAUCUGUCCAGCUCUCCUCCUGGGCCGUACGGACAGGAAGUGUACAUGUUCAAACCUGAGGAACGCUUCAAAGCACCGCCCAUCCUGCCUCCUCACCUCCUACAAGUCAUACUCAACAAAGACACCAACAUUUCAUGUGAUCCUGCCCUGCUGCCAGAACCCAACCAUGUGAUGCUCAAUCAUCUGUAUGCGCUCUCCAUCAAGGAUGGUGUGAUGGUUCUCAGCGCAACUCAUCGUUAUAAGAAGAAAUAUGUGACAUCUCUUCUGUACAAGCCAAUCUAAUGAGCUGUGAAUGACGCAUGAUCUGCUGUCCUCAUCCUCUCUAGUCCAGAUUGCACUAUAAACCCGCGAUAUGUAUCUGUCCGCUUGAGACUUCAUCUGCAGUGUGUGUGUGUGUGUCCGUGUGUGUGUCCUGUCAUCACACAUUCACACAAGGACAUCUAAACUUCCUGUUUCCGUCUUAGCUGAAGCAUUUUGCGAUUACAAUCUUGAGGGCCAGAGUUUUAUCUGUCCAAAGCAUUUAAAAAAUGUUGUCGAAGAGGAUUCAUAUAUUUGAAUCCUGCUACAGACACAAGGAGUUCACAAAUAAAAGUGAGUUCAAUUUUAGAGUUUAACCAGAUGAACAUUUGAACGAAUCAAUGUAUGCUUUAGAAGUGUAAUACUUCUUUUUAGAAACCGAGGUAAAGACAUGGAUGUGUAUGUGUCUAUUUUCAGAAUGAAAGGAAGUUUGAGCCAAACACACUGGCAUUUAGUAUUUUCCUUCCUAACAGAAAAAAUCACUUCAAUACUUUCACGUUGGCACUGAGGUGCUUUUAGCAGAGUUGCGUUGUGACUUAAUCAAAAGGAAAUUUUAAGCGAUUUACAACAGCAUCAGAGUGGCGCAGAUAGAUCUUGAACUGUGUGUGUUUUCUGGAGUUUUACUGCAUGUGAUUUGAAUUUCAACGUGAUGCUGUCAGACGAGCACUUUAGCGGUUUCACUGUGACAGACAAACACAUUCUCUUUAUGUUAUCAAGCAGGAAUGUAUUUUUGCGUCUGUCAAAAACAUUAUUUAUGCUAAACACUGUAUUGGCCAAACACAUGUGUACUGGACUCUUCAGCUUAACGGUUUUGUUCCAGUGGCGUUCGGGACAGAUUUUUCAGGUCAGUCUAGUUCUACAACAUCAGUGUCUGGACAGAAAAACUGUAAUUCUCUCGAAUGUUGUUUCAGGUGUAACCUAAAGAUUCAUUUUCACUGGAAUCCCCGGAAUAGACCUGUUAAUCUCCAUCCACAUAUGUUUGGCCAUAAUAUGUAUGAUGUUUGUGUUAAAUAUUUGCGGUGUGAAAUGUUUGGUUUUGUUGCUUUUACCAUCUCUGGUCAUCAAUAUUAAAUUGCAAAAACAGAAA